AUGUCAGCACCGCUAGUAGACCUUCCAUCACAACCAGAGAGAGCCCGCGUUAAGCACUCAGGAACAAUCGCGGCGGAAGCAACUGGGUUUCAAUCUGCUAUGCAAGAAGGUUUACAAAAGCCGUCUUUAUCAAAGACAUCCGACCGGCCCAGAGAUCCCAUCUUUGCUUACUUUGAGAAGGAAACUGAGAAGAGACACGAUGCGAGCUUUGUAUUCUUGCUAUGGGGUUCGGAGAACUCUGAAAGCUUCAAAACCUGGGCUGUGGAUGUUCCAGUUCCCGACGAUGCAUAUGAGGAUGAAAUCUUCGAAGCAUUAAGAAAGAAGUAUUACAAAGAACUUGGGUUCUCAGGAAUUCUCAAUGUGUUCCAAAGAUUUAAGAGACUCAAGCCCGUUACUUUUCGGUUCAUCUGCCGUGACUCAAAAAGGUUUUUAGCCUUUGUGGAACCUGUAGACCUGGACAGCUUGCACAAGAGAUACUCCGAGAAACUGGAAGAAGCGUGGAAAUCUGCCAAAUUAAUAACAUUCUUUGAUAUGCCCGAUGAUCCUCCAGAUUGCUGCUCUCGCGACAGCUCUGGGGAAUAUAAUCACGGCAACCCAGAUUGUCCAACAAACCGCUAUCUGGAGGACCCUGAUUAUACAACCUUCCACGAAUUCGGAUAUCAGAAUAGAUAUCUAGAACUAACUGGCUUAUACGUUGAGACUGCGUGGUGCCCUGUGAAAUCCGGCACUGCAUUUCUAAGUAUCCUCCUCCCUUCCAUAGUAAUUGGAGGAAGAUUUUUCUGGGGCAGUUGGGAGGUAGCAUUUGGCGCUGGAAGCUUCAUCAUCGCUUUGCCGAUGUUGGCAUUGGCAGUACUUAAUCGCUAUGAUGCCUGA